AUGCUGACUUAUUUUUUUACGUUAUUCUUAAUUAUUUAUUUUCUUUAUAUUUUAUGCAAAGUUAAAGGUGAUUGUGAUUUCUCUAGCGAUUCCUUAAAUUUGUCUGUUAGUGAAAUAAUACCUAAAGAUGAAGAAACUUAUCUUAGUAACAUAAAAUAUUGUGUAAAAUUUACAAAAGGGUUUGAAAUUUUAACUUUUAUUUGCCCCAAAAAAUCUAUUAAUUAUGAAGGAAUAGAAGUUAGGCCUUUUAAUUGCUUUGAAACAGUUAGAAUAAAUGGGAGGCAUGAAAAUUUGGGUGAACUGUUAGAAGGAAGCGUAUUUAAGAAUAGUGAAACAGAUUCUACUAUUGUAAGAAAAGUUUUUAUUCCACCAUUAAUUAAGGAAGAUAUUCUUUUCGAAUGUACAUGUGAUAACAGUUUAACAUUUAAAGGAAAGCAUAUGGGUUCUAGAGGAAUUAUGAGAGUUCAACUAAAAAAAAAUAAAAUCUUUGGAUGUGAUUUUGAUCAUAAUGGGAAUAUAACACAGAAAAACCCAUUUAUUUAUCAUGAAAAAUCAACAAAAAAUUCAAACGAAACUAUUAUUUGUAAUGUUAUAGUAAACAGUUCAGAGGUAAUUUUGGGUUUAAUAUGCCCAAAAGAUUAUAAAUUAUUUCCAGAUAAUUGUUUUGAAAAUGUUUUGCAUGAAAAUAAAAUUGUGAAAAUAAGUGAGUUAGUACCGCACGAUUUAAAAUUGCACACUAACGAAAAAGAGAGAAGUUCGUUUGCAUCAUUUACAUUAAAUAAAAACGAAAAAACAAAAGGUUUUUCUUGUCAAUGCGUUAAAAAUAAAAACUCUCGUCUUUAUGCAUAUUUUGAGUUUGAUUUGAAUUAUAAAUCUUCUAGUUUCCAUAUAUAUAUACUUUCUUUUAUAAUCUUCAUUUUAUUUUUAAUACUUUUUUUUUUUUAG